AAAAUGAACGCGAUGACAUAUUAAACUCAGCAAUACUACUCUUAUAAGGACUUAAAAUCAUUAUAAGAAAUUCUAAAAAUUGAUUCCAUUGGAUUUUUUAAUAUUUAUGAAGAUGAAUAAAUAAUUGAAUACUAAAUCGAUAGAUCCAAAUGUUUAAGAUUAAGUGAUCUCAUUUUAAUGAUUGUAUGUUUAUUAUUAACACUUAUUAGAACCAAGAGUUUUUUAUAAUUUCUCUAGGACAACUACUAGGUGUAUUUCUUGAUAUAUUAAGGAAGGUGAUAUCAUAAAAAAUUUAACAUAACAUCGAUCACUCAUAUCUUGACGAUAAUAGAAUUUGGUUGGUAUUUCAAGAUCCAAAUUAAUGUAUAAGUUUUGAGUACUAAACAAUUGAAUAUGAAAUUACUUUUACAGGAUAUCAAUGUGAAUUAUAUGAAGAAGGUUCAGAGACAAAAAUUCCUGCAGAAUAGAAAGUAUAAAGAAUUAUUAAGGAUAUAUUAAUUAAUUUGAAGAACAACAAUAAUUUUAUUAAUUCUUCUGAAAGAGAUANUAAAUUAAGGAAUGAACCAAAUUGA